GAUCAGAUGUGUUUUGAUUUGAAACGAAAUUGUUGUACACAAACAAACCCAACACGCUGUCUUCACCGGCUUUUGCGCGAAAGCCAACGCGUUUGGUUUCCAGGGCAAUGACUAAGCUAACUCGGGUGUGUCUUACGUUGCGAGCUUGCUUUUCAACCCAAGUGCGACCAUUAGCAUCAAUCCAGAACCACCCGCCGGUGCCGGUGGUAACUUGCAAACGCCAACAGUUCAAUCUCUACCAGAACGAUCUGCCUGCUAAUCCGGAUCGGAUAAAGUUUGGCGAACUGCCGCUCGCCUCCGACGGGUGGCGUCAUCGCCGGUCCAAUGGCGAUUACUUCAUCAUACACCCGGUGCAACGGGCCUUCGAAGCGUACGGUUUGAGCGAGCGAUCCUUCACCGAACUCGGAAUACGUGAAUCGUUGGUGGAGAAUCUUAAAAAGCAACAUGUACUGUCGCCGACACAUUACCAGGUGGAAGGUAUUCAGGCGAUGCUCGACGGCAGCCAUGUGCUGUUGGCGGCUGAGACAGGCUGUGGCAAAACGUACACGUAUCUGGUGCCAGUGAUGGAACAUAUUCUGCGCCGUAAGCUGCAUGAAAAGCAGCGUGAUUUUAACACGCCCUUGAUGUUGAUCAUUACGCCCGGCCGUGAGCUGGCCCAGCAGAUUGGUACGGUUGCGUCAAAGCUUACGGAAGGGCUGGGCAUUAACACGCGAGUCGUGCUUGGUGGACGAACGAAGCAACAAAUGCUCAAUCCAUCCUUCGAAGAUAUCGACAUUCUAGUGGCAAGUUUCGGAGCGAUCAGCAAACUGAUAACGAGUGGAAUUUACCGUAUGGAGGAAGUCCGUUACGUUGUGCUGGAUGAAGCGGACACGCUGCUUGAUGAUAGCUUUAACAGUAAGCUGCUACACCUGAUGAAACGCUUUCCAUUCCACAAGAACCAUCUGCAGGAUCUUGGGGAGGACAUUCAUGGAACACAGAUGGUUCUAGCUGCAGCCACCAUGCCGUCCAAUAUGGAGGAACUGUUAUCGAAGCUGGUGAAUGUUGCAACGAUUGAGCAAGUGGUAAGUCCCAAUCUCCAUCGACUGAUGGGCCAUGUUACGCAACGCUUCAUGCGCGUCCGCAAAUCAGAUCGACCACAGAUCCUGCUCGAUCUUGUGCGCAAGGAUGCAAAGCGUAACGUACCGACGAUCAUUUUUAGCAACAAAACACCGGCCUGUGACUUUGUGUCGAUGCAUCUGAACGGGCACGGUUUCCCAUGUGUUAAUCUAAACGGGGACAUGAUGCUGAAACUUCGCCUGGGACAGUUUGAGAAAUUUCAACAGGCGGAAGUAAACAUUAUCUCAACGACGGAUGUCGCUAGCCGAGGAUUAAAUACGAUCCGAGCGGCGCACGUGAUAAAUUUCGACUUUCCACUGUACACCGCAGAUUACAUCCAUCGGGUUGGUCGUAUCGGGCGCAUUGGAAGCAGGAACGACUGUUUGGCAACAAAUUUGGUUUCAAGUCAGGCAGAAAUCGGUGCGGUACAGCGGCUCGAACAUGCGGCCAGAACAACCAAUUUACUGCGGAACGUUGACGCGAACGUGAAGGGCAUAAUUAGACGUAAAAUGAUGAAGAAUAUGGGAGUACCAAACGAAGGCCUGGUAGCAAGCUAAACGAGGCAAUAAAGUGUAAAAUAGUCGUGCUAUGCGCUAAUGAAAUGUUGAGUGUACUUAUAGUUUUUAAUAAAAUCUCAAAAGAACAAAUUUGGAUGAGAUCU